AUGACCCAUUUACAAGCAGGACUUAGUCCAGAGACAAUAGAGAAAGCCCGCCUGGAACUGAAUGAAAACCCAGAUAUUCUGCAUCAGGACAUCCAGCAAGUCAGGGACAUGAUCAUCACAAGACCUGACAUUGGGUUUUUACGUACAGAUGACGCCUUCAUCUUGAGAUUUCUCCGAGCCAGAAAGUUUCACCAAACUGAGGCCUUCAGACUGCUCGCUCAAUAUUUCCAAUACCGCCAAUUAAAUCUGGAUAUGUUCAAAAACUUCAAGGCUGAUGAUCCAGGAAUCAAACGGGCUCUGACAGAUGGGUUUCCAGGAGUACUGGAAAACCGAGACCACUGUGGCAGGAAGAUUCUUCUGCUUUUUGCAGCCAACUGGGAUCAGAGUAGGAACUCCUUCAUAGAUAUCCUUCGGGCUAUCCUGCUGUCCCUGGAAGUGCUCAUUGAAGAUCAGGAGCUUCAGAUAAAUGGCUUCAUUCUAAUUAUAGAUUGGAGCAACUUCUCCUUCAAGCAAGCCUCCAAGCUUACGCCAUCUAUCCUCAAACUGGCCAUUGAAGGGUUACAGGACAGCUUUCCUGCCCGUUUUGGAGGAGUCCAUUUUGUCAACCAGCCCUGGUACAUCCAUGCACUGUACACGCUAAUCAAACCAUUCCUCAAAGACAAGACAAGGAAAAGGAUCUUUCUUCAUGGUAACAACCUGAACAGCCUCCACCAGCUAAUACACCCUGAAUGCCUGCCCUCUGAAUUCGGGGGGACUCUUCCUCCAUACGACAUGGGGACGUGGGCUCGAACGUUACUUGGUCCCGACUACAGCGAUGAAAAUGAGUACACCCACACCUCCUACAAUGCCAUGCAUGUGAAGCAUGCCUCCUCCAACUUGGAGAGGGAGGCCUCGCCCAAACCCAUGAAAAGGUCCCAGUCUGUGGUGGAAGCUGGCACGUUGAAACAUGAGGACCAGGGGGAAAGCGAGAACACCCAACCACUGCUGGCUCUGGAUUGA